AUGGCUGAACAACAUCCGCAUGUCAAAGCUUUAGUGCUCGAUGCAACUCCAUUGAUCACUCAAUCUUAUACCCAUUACCAGAACUAUGCGGAAACAUUUUACACUGCUCCAACUGUAUUGCAUGAAAUCAAAGAUGCCAAGUCUAGGAAGAACUUAGAGAUUUGGCAAAGUUUAGGAACGUUGAAGGUGAAACAUCCUUCGGCUGCAUCAAUCAAGCGAGUGUCCGAUUUUGCCAAGUUAACUGGUGAUUAUUCUGUACUAAGUGCUAACGAUAUCCAUAUCAUCGCGUUGGCAUAUGAAUUAGAGACUGAACUUAAUAAAGGAGAUUGGAGACUAAGAAAAAGACCAGGUGAAGCGUUGAAACAUGAAACGAAGGAAGAAACAAGGCCAAAGGAAACAAUUGAACAAACGCAGGAUCCUACUGCUGAAUCUGACACCGCCGAAACGCCUGUGAAGAAGAAUAAGAAGAAAACUAGAAGAGGAGGUAAGAAACAGAGAGAAAAGAGAGAAGCUGCCGCAAAAUCUCAAGAAACUACAGCCGAACACCAACCAACUGAAUCACAAGAACCAGCUAAUGAGGAGCAGGAACAGCCAAUACUAGUGGAUGAAGUUUCCCCUGAUGUACCUGGUGAAGAAGAAGUUGAAACUGCAACGGAAGCAAAAAAUGACGAAGAAGAAGAAGGAUUCCUAUCCGAUGAGGAUGGUGAAUGGAUCACCCCAGAUAACUUAACAGAAGCCAUUAUCAAAGACAGCGGCGAAGAUACCACAGGCGGAGAAGGCGUCGUAUCCGAAAACAACACUGCAUCAUCAUUAGAGCUGCCUCAAAACCAAGUAGCUCUAGCGACUGGUGAUUUUGCAGUGCAGAACGUUUCGUUACAAUUAAAUUUAAACUUGAUGAACUUCAUGUCCGGUUUAAGAAUCAAGAAGCUUCGUAACUAUAUGUUAAGAUGUCAUGCCUGUUUCCAACUACUACCUAUGCCAAAAGAUGGUAAGGCAAAGCAUUUCUGUCCGUCUUGUGGUGGUUCAGGCACCGUAUUGAGAUGUGCGGUUUCCGUUGAUUCUGUGACCGGAAAAGUGACGCCUCAUUUGAAGGCUAACUUCCAAUGGAAUAACAGAGGUAAUCGUUAUUCCUUACCAAGUCCCCUAUCAAAGAAUGCACAGAAGAGAUUUGGCAACAAAGGUUUUGUACAUUCAAAACAUUCUCAAGAUGUUGAACUCCUAAGAGAAGAUCAAAAGGAGUACGAGAAGGCUGUCAAACAAGAAGAAUGGACUAGAAGACACAACGAAAAGAUCCUAAACAACUGGAUCGGUGGCGGAUCUGCAGAAAAUUAUAUCUCGCCGUUUGCCAUCGAUGGUUUAAAGCACCACAAUGUUCGUGUUGGUAGAGGACGUUUCGCCAACAGUACAAGAAAGAGAUAG